AAACAGUUUAAAAUGGGGUGAAAAGCCUCCAUUGUUGAGACCCAUAUCAGAUUUAAGGAAGAACUAUUAAGCUCCGUUAUUCUGAUAAAGUAGUAUAAACGAGGUGGAGUGAACUUUUUUCGUCCAACGUGUGUAAACAAUCAAUUUAGGAACGAACUUUUCAAAGUAAACUCAAAAAAGAAAUCGAAGAAAUAUGGGAAACAACGUGUUUUCUGUCCCGAUUUACUUUAUCGUGCUGCGUGAAACACUAGAAGCAUCUAUCAUUGUGUCAGUGCUCAUGUCAUUUAUCACACAAACGCUGACGAGCAACGAGGGCAAAGUAUCAGAUCCAAAACUAAAACGUAAAUUUAUGAUACAAGUGUGGGUUGGAUCAUUUGUCGCACUAUUUAUUUGCUUGGCUAUCGGUGGUGGAUUUAUUGGUGCCUUUUAUGCACUAGGUAAAGACCUUUGGGGUAAUUCCGAAGAAAUAUGGGAGGGUGUCUUUUCACUUGUUGCAGUCAUUUUGAUUACCGUUAUGGGAUUUGCAAUGCUUCGUGUUUCGCAUCUUCAAGGUAAAUGGAGAAAAAAGCUUAUGCGUAGUAUCGCGAAUCGAAAGGCUCGUGGUAUUAGUAGUUGGGGUAAAAAGUACGCCAUGUUUUUGCUGCCCUUCUUUACAGUGCUUCGUGAAGGCCUUGAAGUUGUCGUUUUCGUUGGUGGUGUCGGUUUAGAAACACCGGCCACUGCCUUUCCUCUCCCUGUUGUUUGUGGUCUCAUCACUGGCUGCCUGAUUGGUUAUUUCAUUUAUAGAGGUGGAAAUGUAAUGAACUUGCAAUGGUUUCUGAUUGCCUCUACCUGUAUACUCUAUCUAAUUUCUGCUGGUCUCAUGGCUAAGAGCGUCUACUAUUUUGAGCUUGAUCACUAUAGUCGCCUGACCGGAGGUGACUCCGCUGAAUUGGGUGAUGGACCUGGUUCCUAUCCCUUUCAACAAGCCAUUUGGCACGUUAACUACGGAAAUCCCGAAAUGAACUCAAAUGGUGGAUACAUGAUCUUCAACGCCAUUUUGGGUUGGAUGAACACUGGUACUUAUGGUACCAUUCUUAGCUAUAUUUUUUAUUGGUUGUUCGUCGCCGCCUGCAUGGUGUUAAUGUGGUGGAGAGAGCGUCGCUUCGCUCAGAAAGCCGCUGCUGCUGGUAUUAAAGGCGGCAAGGAUCUAGAGGCAACUGGUUCUACCUCUAGCGAACAAUCUAAAAAAUCUUCCCUUGAAAUCCAAGAAUUGAAAACUACCAAUAAAGUGGAAGAAGAAAUCAAGCAACCGGAUACUAUUGCAGAAGUCCGUCAAACUGCUUAGUUCAUGUAAUUUUUCCCUCUUUAUGCGAUUCCUUCUUUCCUUUUGUUUCCCCCUUUUCUUUUAACAUAUUAAAUUGUUGCCUUAUAUCUUAUUUUAUAUACUUGCAUACUAAUAUCUAGUUGUUUCACCACAAUAUGUUUAAUCCUUAAUGAAAUCUGGUUUUUUUUGGUAACGCAUCACUAUAAAAC